AAUGACAGUUUCACCUCCAAGUCACCGUCAUGCUCAGCAUUCAAACUUAUCCAGUGUCGCUGUCAAACCUGCAGAUGUGGAGCUUACCAUAACAAAAGAACCCACGCCAGAAAGGUGGGACCUUCUCCAAAUCAGCACAAGCCUUCAGCUCAGCCCUCAGUGCCCCUUACUAAUGCAGAAUUUUCUACAACCCAGCAUGAGGCCCCCACGCUGCCUUCACAGCCACCUGAGGAGGUUGAACCUUUGCCAGUUCAACAGGAGGCUUCAGCCCAAUCUCCAGAAGCCGGUGCACAUAACAAACCUUCAGUACAAGAGGAGACCCCAGCUCAGUAUCCAGAGCAUCCUGGAGAAGAAGUUAUACCUGCCACAACCCAGCAGGAGACUCCAGAUCAGCCUCCACAGUCUCCUGGUGAGGUUGAAUCCUCUCCAUCUCAGUCUCCAGAGCUCUCUAAUGUGACUGUAGUUUUCUCUCCAGAGCAUCAUGUGACAACAGUUUCUCCUGUAGGUCAGGAUCAAGCUCAGCUUCUGCAGCGGCCCGAUGUCACUGUUAAACCUGUGGAUCUUGCACUUAUCGUAACUCCAGCGUUCACUAAUGAGGUUGAAACUUCUCCACCCCAACAAGAAAACUCGGCUCAGUCUACAGUGUCCCCUGAGCAGUUGGAACCUUUGUCAGUCCAGCAAGAGGUUUCAGAUCAGCAUCCAACCCCCACUGAAAAUGUUGAACCUUUUCCAGUUCAGCAGGGAGCCCCAACUCAACCAACAUACCCCGAGGUGACAUUUCCAAAUCCAGAGCAAGUUCAGGCUCAGCAUCCAACCUUGACUGAGGUCACAAUUCAACCUUUGGACCUUGAACAGACCAUAAGGCCCGAACCCACUAAGGAGGAUGAACCUUCUCCAACCAUGCAGGAGACCUUAACCCAGCCUCCAGAACCACCUAAGGAGGUUUUUGUAGCUCAGCCUCCAGUAUACCAGAACCCAAUAGAUCCAGCACCAGAUCAGGAUCACACUGAGCCUCCAACAUCACCCAGUGUCAGAGUUCAACCUUUAGACCAGGGGCUUACCACAACUCCAGAACCUACUAUGGAGGCGGAACAUUCCACACCCCUGCCGGAGACUAUAGUUCCUCCAACAUACCCCGAGGUGACACUUCCAAAUCCAAAGCAAGUUCAGGCUCAGCAUCCAACCUUGACUGAGGUCACAGUUCAACCUUUGGACCCGGAACUUACGUUAACUCUGGAAUCCAAUAUGGAGGAUGAACCUUCUCCAACUAUGCAGCAGACCCAAGCUCAGCCUCCAGAGCUCAUUAAGGCAGUUGCAGCUCAGUCUCCAUUGUAUCCCGAGGUGACAGUUCCAGCACCAGAUCAGGAUCAUGCUGAGCAUCCAACCUCACGCAGUAUCACAGUUAAACCUUUGGACCUGGAGCUUACCACAACUCCAGAACCUACUACAGAGUCUGACCAUUCUACAGCCCUGCAGCAGACUACAGCUCCCCCUCCAGAACACCCUCAGGUGACACUUGCACAGCCAAACCUGACUCAAGUCACAGUUCCACCUGUGGACCUGGGAGUUAACAUAUCUCAGCAACCAAGGCCAUCUGAGACAGUCCUUUUUCCUUCCACUCAGUAUUCAGUAUCCCCUGGUCUUCCUGGUGUAAAAUAUACCCCAGAAAAGAAGCAGCCAGAACAGAAUGCCACCACAAACAUCAGCAUAUGUGAGCUCUGUACCUGCAAAAAUGAGACACUGUCGUGUGUUGGUCUCAGCCCAAAGCAGAAGCUCCACAGAGUGCCUGAGCCAGAGCCUAACGCCUACAACGGCACCUUCACCAUCAUAAAUUUCCAAGGAAACUCUAUUUCUUACAUUGCUGAAAGUAUAUGGAAGGCAUACCGCUGGGCUGAGAAGCUAAUUCUCAGUGAAAAUUAUUUGACUGAAUUACAUAAGGACUCCUUUGAAGGCUUGCUAUCCCGCCGAUAUUUAUUUAUUCUCAUAGAAUUGCAAAAGGGGAAGAUAAAAAAAGAAGCAGAAGCCACACCCCCAGCAAAUGCUGCAUGUGCGACUAAGUCCGAAGCAGACUGGUGUGAAGCGCAUCUAGAGAGUAACGUGUUUCUGCCCAGCGCCGCUGUGCAGUGUUUUCUCUGCACGAGGGCACUUGGCCAAGGGCCAAGAAAGGGUUUCAUCUUCAAGAAAUUCAUGGAAAAGGAUGCUCUGGAUACUGAGCUGGGGUCUCCUCUUGUACUGAAGGUUUAUUCUGUGCACCGGCUUCUGGAGACUGGGCUGAAGCCUCCUGUUGAACUGGGAAAGGCUGGGCUAGGGCCUCCUGGGGACUUGAAGUUUCUAGUUCCUCAGGGGCCUCUGAAGGCUGAGAUGGAGCCUCCUGCUGAAGUGGAGGUGGCUCUACCUCUUCAGCGGGCUCUGGAGGCUGAGCCCGGGCCUCUGCCUGGGGUGAAAAAGAUUCAACCUCCUCAGGGGUCUGUGGAUGCUGAGCAGGGGCCUCGUGCUGGGGUAAAGAUUCAGCCUCCUCAGUGCGCUCUGGAUGACGAGUGUGGGCCUCCUGCUGGGAUGGAGAAAUUUCAGCUUCCUCAGGGGCCUCUGGAGGUUCAUCUGGGCUCCCCAGAAAAUCCGCAGAACCAAGGCCUGAUUCUGAUUCCAAUCCAGCACUGGAACUUCCUCUGGGAGCUUUUGAUGUUGGGUUUGCUUGUUAUUCAGAUCCUGAUGUGGAACAGCAAACUGAUCUGGCCCUGUAGGCAGCUCUCCAACCGAAUCCGUGUCCGGUAUUCGGUCCGAGUCGUCCCAAACGCAGCAGUGGCCGGUCCUGUGUUCUAUGCCAUCAUCAAGGUUUAUUCAGCAAGGGAUGCCCACAGAGCCCAAAAGGCAUGCGACCAGAAGCAGCUUUUUCAGGCAUCUCCAGUGAAGGGUCGUCUCGGCACCAGACAUAAGGCGGUUCGACAUAAUACGCUUGCCCUGAACAGCUCCAGAUGCCAAGAAUUGGCAAAUUACUACUUUGGUUUCAAUGGGUGGUCAAAAAGGAUCAUCAGGCUUCAGGAUCUUUCUAACCUUGAAGAAAGGGAAAAUGAAGAUAUUGUGACACCACUUCAGAAGCAAAGCCUGAAGCUCUUCUGUGCUUUAGAGGUGGCGUUGCCCUCCCACGAGUGCAGGAGUCCUGCAGCUGGCAUGGCUGAGGAACCUUUGGAUAAGUUGGAGGAAGGUCUGUUUUCCAGUAUGUGUGUGUGUGGGGAGACUGAUCGGGUCCACAGAAAACCCAACGUCAAAAGGAGUCGAAAGUUCAGAAAGAAAAGUUCACCCAAUAGAAUGAUGCUUGCAAGCCCUCCGUUCUCUGUAGGGAGGAGUCUCAUAAAUUCCCCUCCAUGAGAGGCUGUUUCAUCUUCACGAGAAGUGACUUCUCAGGAAAAUCCUUUUCCAGAAUUAUUUUCUCUUUCAGACCCUUCCAUAGAAAACACUACUUCAGAAAACAAUACUGCACAAAAUGUUUCUGAAAAAAUUAUUUCUACAGGAAACUCUAGUCUGCCAGGAGGAACCAGCCCUGGAAACACUACCCAUAGGAAUGUCUCCACUGCACAUUCUACUGUCGCUGUAGACAACAGUAUGCCAACUGUUCAACACACCAACGAAACACAAUGGGAGUAGCACAACACGGGCACUGAAUUAUCCUCUAAGCCCACAGGCUUCACUUUCCUAGGGUUCACAUCCCCAGGUGAUCAAGUUGAAACUCAGCUAAAGCAGCAGCUACGGUCCCUCAUCCCCAACAAUGACAUGCGAAGGCUCAUUUCUCAUAUUAUCCAGACUCUGAAAAUGGACUGCUCGGAGACCCACUUGGAGCUGGCCUGUGCCAACCUCAUCUCUAGAACAGGCCUCCUGAUGAAGCUUCUCAGCAAGCAGCAAGAAGUAAAGGUGUCCAAAGCGGAAUGGGAUACGGACCAGUGGAAAAGUGACAACUCUAUCAGUGAGAGCACAGAAGCCCAGAGUGAGCAGAAAGAGCAGGAGUCAAGUGAGCUCACAAAAGAAGUUCCAGGAUAUGGCUGUAACAACAAACUCAUCUUGGCAAUAUCUGUAACUGUAGUAGUGACGAUUUUGGUUACAAUUCUCUGUCUCAUUGAGAUUUAUUCUCAUAGAAUUGCAAAAGGGGAAGAUAAAAAAAGAAGCAGAAGAUAAAUAUUGGUCUUUUAACGCAGAAUUUUACAAC